UGACUAUAAACUAUAGUUUGGUCUAAAGAUAAAAAAAUAUUUUAAAAUGUAUUUUGGGUUGCCUACUUUGAGAUAAAAUCCCGCGAAAAUAUUUUGACAUUUCAGUCAUAGACAACCACCAUAUAUUCUUUUUUUAUGGUACCUAUAUAAUAGAUUUCAGAUAUUUUUAUCAAAAAUAUUGCAAAACUAUGGUUAUUUUAAAUAAUUAAAAACUGGGUUUUAUGUUUAAGGGAUGUUUUAUUAAGUGCUAGUUAUUAUAUAAAUUGUUGUAAGGGGCUUAAUUAUUAUAUAAACAAUAAAUAUGGAAGUUGAUUCUACAAGUGAUGUUUCAUCUAAUUCAAAUAAAGACCAAGAAAUAGGUAAUAAUGACAAAACUGAAGAAACCUUCAAUGAGACUGAAGAAAAUACAAGUAAAUAUAUUAUAUAUACGAAAGGGGAUAAAAACAGACAAAUAAAUAACCCUAGUUAUUCAGAGGAAGAAAUUGAAAUUACACCACAUAAUAAAAGUCAGUCUGAGAAAAUGUCUAUACCAGAAAGUACAGAAGAACAAAUUGAGGCUCCCAUUUAUAAAACAAAUGAUAAAGAAAAUAAAGAUCAGAAAAAUUGUUUGUUAGCCUUGUGCGAUUCAGAAUCAUCAGAUGAGGAAGUGGUUGAUGAUAAAAGUGAAGAAAGGAAAAAUGAAGAAGAUGAUGCUAUUAAACCAGUUAUUUAUAAAAAAUCUACAAAAAGUAAUAAAAUGGAAGAUGAAGAGGAAAAAAAGAUGACAGGCAAAGAAGCAGCCGAACAAAGAAAGGAAAUACAUUCAGAAUCACAAAGAAUGUUGAGAGAAUCAAAUGUUUCUUUGCCAUAUCAUAAACCAAAAUCAUACACAUUAAAAGAAUUUUUGUCAAGAAGAUCCAAAUUGGCAUCUUCAAUACCGAUUGCAGCCAAAACUCCCCCCUCAGUUGCCAUUAAAAUGUCCAGGGAUAUGCUUGAAAUUGUCUCAAACAAAAUGAAGGAACGUGAAAAAGAAGUUAAAGAAUUUUAUAAAUCUGAAAGUGAAUCAGAUGAAGAAGAUGAAGAUGAUAAAGAUUAUGUUCCUGAAAAUGAAAACACUGAAAAAACUAAGGGAAAAAAUGAUUUGAAUGAAAUUCCUUCUCAUAUUACUGAAGAAACACCAAAAGAAAGUAAAACAUCUGAAAAUCUAAACCUAAUCUUUACAGAAACUAUGGAAGUAGAUGAUUCUAAAGCAAAUAUAGAAAAUGAAGAUAAUCAGGGAAUAGGUAAGAAAGACUUGAAGUACUACAAUCUACUAGAUGAUGAAGAAACUCCAAAAGAACCUGAAACCUCAAAGGAAACAGAAGAAAGUGAAAAAAUCAACACAGAAAACACAAAAUUGAGAAUUUCAACAGAUUUUGACUUCAACAUAGAUGACAUAGAAGAUUCAGAGAUGCAUGCAGAAAAAACAUCAAAUGAGAAGGAAGUGUCAAAAAAAUCAAUAAAGGAUAUUUUGAAGGAAAAGUUGGCAAGUAUAACUCCCAAACUAAGUGGUGCUCCUGAAGAAGAUAUUGAUUUAGAAUUGGGAGUCACAAAGGAAAAUGAAGUAUCAAAACUCAUCAAAAGAUUUCAUCAGCAUACUUCUGUAAAACAUACAAACAAACAUAAAGUUAAUGUAGUAAGUAUUGUUAGUGUGAGUGGUGGGGAAAUUCAUAAGGAAACUUUGGCUAUGAAUGUGGAUGAUGAAGAUACUUCUGUAGUUGAGGAAAAACCAGGGGCAAAAUUGCAAAAAUUAAGAGACAAGUUGCAAAAUCAAAUGGCGUUGAAAAGAUCGGAAGUUUGGCAGAAGAAAUUCCAAAAAAAUAUCGGAAAUGAGUCCAAAGAAGAUGAAAAACCUGAUUAUGAAGAGAAUGCAGAUGAUGAGCUUCUGGAUGAUGAAGAAGAAGAAGAAUUAAGUGAAUCAGAAUCAGAAAAUGAAGAUUUGGAAGAAAAGACAAGAAAAAAAUCUAAGUUUUUAGAUGAUGAGGCUGAAGAUGAAGACGAGGAAGAAGAUAAUGAAGAUGAUAAAAACCCAGAAGAAAACAUGGAUGAAACCACCCAAAGUUCCAACUAUUCCGACGUUUAUGACAACAUAAAUGACAUUGUACCAAAGAAAAAAACCCUGAAAAGAAUCUUAAAAGGUUUCACUGAGGAUUCAGAUGAAGAAAAAGAUUUAAAUGAAACUUUGAAAAACAAUGAAGACGACGUUCUUCUGCUUCACCAACCAGAAAGCAGCAAAACACCAAAUAAAAAGAUUGCAACUCCUCAAAAAUCGGAAUUCGAUUUUUUAACCCCAAUCACUUUUAUGACUGGAUUGCAGAACUUAAAUUUAACAAAUAAGGCCAAAGAUUCACCGGUUUCCGCAUUUCCAAUACAGUCAGACCCAUCUCCAUUCAAAAAUCCAAAUUGGCAUGUGGGAUUACAGAAGAAUCUAUUUGGUGAAAAUGAAUGCCAGAACGCCGAUACUUCGAUUACUACCAAGCCACUUUCGCAGGACGAAAGCAACAGAGAAUGCGACUCUCAAAACAUCGAAGAAUUAGCCAAUAUGUGUACUGGCCAAUUUCCGGACACUCAAAGUCAGGAUGAACAGUUGAAAACGCAGGAUUUGCUGAACGUUUGCUCAGGGGGUUUUACAGACCCCAGCAAUAAAACUUGCGAAACUUACAACAUUAAUCCUACUCAAGAAAUCAUGAGUUUGGAUACUGAUCAAGACUUGAUUAUAUCUCAGUUGCUGGAUGAAGAAGAGCUGGAGAAUUUCAAGAAGAAAUUUGAUUCUCCCAUUAAAAAAUCCUUGCUAGAUGAUGCCAGUGAAGUUGCAGCUAGUGGAGGCGUCAUAGAUUCGGACGAUGAAGAUGAAAAUGUGGGUGUUAGAAAAAGGAAAAAGCAGCAAAUUGUUGAUACAGAUGAUGAGGAUGAAGAUGCAGACGAAGAACAAAUAGAUCUUCAUGAUGAAGAUGAUGAAAUGGAGGAAGAAACCGACAGAAACGUCGACUAUGAUUCCGAGGAAAACGAAAUCGAAAUAACUAAUGAAGAUGAUGACGAAAGAGAUCACGUUGUUUAUAAGCCUUCGGAAUUCUUUGAUAAAGAGGCAGAAUUGUCUGAAUCGGAAUGGGGGAGUGCAGAUGAAGACGAAAAAGAGUUGGAUAAGUUUGAAGCUGAACUGGGCGAUAAGGAAAAAUUCAAUCAAGAAAAACUGAAGAAAGAUUUGGAGAAAAUUCACAUGCGUCGAAUGUUGGAUGAUGACACUAGGGAAAUAAAACUACUACAAGAACUUUUGCUCGAAGAUGGGGAACUUCACGGAAGUGGAAGGGAGAGGCAGUUCAAAUGGAAAAAUAUAGAUUCUAUGACAAAUGAUGAAGAAAGCAAGGACAAUGACGAUGAUGACGUAUAUCUUGAUGAAGAAGAAAGUGAAGAGCAAUGGAGAAAAAAACGCCAUGAAAGGGAGAUGUUCUUAAAGGAAAAACUGGCGAAAAAAAUGGCGGAGGAUGAGGAUCUUUCUGACAGUCAAAUUUUGAAGUUGGGCAAAAAGGUUUUGCAAGUCAAUAAGAGUUCUAAUCAAGUGUUGAGUUUGGAGAAAAAAAGUAGUAAAAGAGGUUCAUUUUUAAGUAGAAGUGAUCAAGUUCUGCAAAGAUUGGCGGAAUAUAAUAAAAUUUCCAACACUACUGGUGGAAAUGCCGCAGCUAAAAAUUCUAGGAAUUUUUUGUUCCAAUCUGUUUCACAGGUUGAAAAUACAAUUGCCAUUGAACAGGAUAAAAAGCGAAAGGCAUCUGAAGGCACACCAAAUGUACUAAAAAAAAUAAGACUGUCCUCGAAUUUUAGUCCUGCUGUUAAAAAGAAGAGUUUAGAUAAAACAAAUAAAGUUAAAAAGUUGUUUAGUCAACCAAAAUAACGUUUAUAUACAAAUCAUUUUAAUUUAUUGUUAAGGAGCUAUAUUAGCAACAUGUUUAAUAAAUAAUUUUU